AUGGCGUCUAUGUUUCGGCCACCAGAAUCAGCAAGGAGCAAAUCCAAAUCUCCCAAACUGACUUUGCCGUCAUCUCUCAAAAAUUCUUCUGGUGAGAUGCCGACUCCUGCAUUGGGGUCGAUUUCCAGCGCGGCCACGCCAAACUCGUCGUCCUCUUCACAAACACUGACAUUUCCAAAAUCGGAAAAGUCGUCAUCAUCUUCCUCCAUCAACACACUGAAAAAACGACCGGCACCGCCGCCCAUUCCAUCUCUGGCUAUUCCAACGAGCGCUGGCGCAGGAACACCAGAACAUGGCUCUGUCACCGACUCACUCACAAGAUUGAGGCUCGAAGAUUUAGAGAAUAAACAUCCGGCAGGGACACCUGGAAGGGAAAGAGCGGGCGGUAUGGCCGGAUCGAUAUCGCCAGCAGCGGGAAGUGCCUUCGCAGAUGUAGACACGCUAGACGAGGAAACAUGGCAAUCGGGGGCUGUCAAGGAUGAUAUCAUUACUAUGGGAGUACUGGGAGAAGGUGCUGGUGGGUCAGUAACAAAAUGCAGGCUCAAGUCUGGGUCUAAAAUCUUUGCUUUAAAGACCAUCACCACGGUGAAUUGUGAUCCAGAAACUCAGAAACAGGUUUUUCGCGAGCUACAAUUCAACCGUAGCUGUAACUCUGAGUACAUUGUGCGAUAUUACGGUAUGUUCACAGCCUCAACUAGCUCGGCAAUAUACAUUGCGAUGGAGUACAUGGGUGGUCGAUCGCUAGAUGCCAUUUACAAGCAUUUGUUGCAAAGAGGUGGUAGAAUUGGGGAAAAAAUCAUAGGGAAAAUCGCUGAGAGUGUCUUGAAGGGACUCUCGUAUCUACAGGAGCGCAAGAUCAUACAUCGAGACAUUAAGCCUCAGAAUAUUCUUCUCAAUGAUAUGGGGCAAGUCAAACUUUGCGAUUUUGGCGUAAGCGGGGAAGCCGUCAAUUCCCUAGCCACCACUUUCACAGGAACGUCGUUUUAUAUGGCUCCGGAGCGAAUUCAAGGACAGCCCUAUAGUGUGACCAGUGACGUUUGGUCCUUAGGGCUUACGUUGCUGGAAGUAGCCCAGGCGAAGUUUCCGUUCGAUUCCGGUAAAAUGGCCGCAAAUAUGCCACCAAUCGAGCUGUUGAUGUUGAUUUUAACGUUUACGCCCGAACUCCGAGAUGCACCUGAGCUCAAUAUCUCGUGGAGCAAAUCUUUCAAGUCAUUCAUCCAAUACUGUCUCAACAAGGAGCCCAGAGACAGACCCUCGCCACGACAAAUGCUACAGCACCCUUGGAUUGUGGGCCAGAUGAAGAAAUCCUGCAACAUGCAUAAAUUUGUCCUCAAAUGUUGGGAAGACGAAGAGUGA